CAUCUUCUACUCCAUCCUUCUUAAUUUUAGCUAAUCUCUCCUUAAACCUCUGCAACUGUUUUCAGAAAAGUGAUAAAAAAGGAAACAGAGCGGGGAAGCAAGUUCACCUUCCUAGAAAGGUUAGGUUCUUCAAAUCUACUUUCUAUGGCUCAGCAAGGGCAUGAGCAGACCUCAGCUACAGGUGUGGUUGGUGGUGCAACCCCUCACCCAUAUGGGGUGAACCCCUACCAACAUAACCAGAUGAUGGGAAUAACAGCACCCAGGUUUGCUGGCUCAAUCCAAUCUCCUACCCAUCCUGCAGCUCUCUCUGCCCCUUCAUCUCAGCUUGCUCAACACCCGCUUGCCUAUCAGCACAUCCACCAACAACAGCAACAACAACUGCAGCAACAGCUCCAGCAGUUUUGGACAAAUCAGUGUCAAGAAAUAGAGCAUGUCACAGAUUUUAAAAACCAUAAUCUCCCACUAGCUAGGAUUAAGAAGAUUAUGAAGGCAGAUGAGGAUGUAAGAAUGAUAUCAGCUGAAGCUCCAAUAGUUUUCGCCAGGGCAUGUGAGAUGUUCAUUCUAGAGUUGACACUGCGGUCAUGGAAUCAUACUGAGGAGAAUAAGAGGAGGACCCUUCAGAAGAAUGAUAUUGCAGCUGCAAUCACCAGGACAGAAACCUUUGAUUUCUUGGUUGACAUUGUCCCGAGAGAGGAUUUGAAAGACGAGAUGCUAGUCCCGAGGGGUGCAGGUUCUGGUGAUGGUAUUCCUUACUAUUACAUGCCACCUCAACUUGCUCCUCGGGUUGGACCUGCUGGUAUGAGUGUUGCAGACCAAACCCUUUACGGUCAGCAGCCUCGCCCUUAUGUGGCUCAUCAAAUGUGGCCACAGCAGCAGCAACAGCAGCCACCUGACCAUUACAAAUCAUAGCUAGUGAAUUGCAUUAGAAUCAACUGCUUUUUCUUUUAUCGCAUAAACGUUGAAACUUGCUAUUAGGCUCUGUAAUUUCAUAAAAGAUGGGAUUUGGCGGCAUGUUUUCAUUCUUAACCUCCCAUCAUAUGUUGGUAUGAAACUUUGUGGUAUUCUCAUUUCAUUCUCCGAGUCUGGACUAGAAUUGAGAAUUAUCAUUUUAACAUUCCGACCUUCGUUGUAUUAUCAAUUUGAUAAAUAUUCUACAAAAUG